AUGGUGGAGACGAAGGUGGAGGCGCUGCGCUUUUCUCCAAGGCGGCGGCCGCCAAAAGCAUCACCAGCCGAUUUCUUCAAGCCGGAGGACAACACCAUGGAAUCGUCAGCAGAGUUCGCUAAGCCGGUUUACCUUGUGGCGGUCCUCGCGGACGAACAAUCGGCCUACUCUAUUCUCAAGAUCGACGCCGGCGGCGGCGACGGCGAGCCGCCUCGCGCCCGCGUCGUUGCUAGGCUUCCUGGCGAGGAGCGCGGCAUGUCUUUCGUUGCCGCGCAUUCGAAGCACGGUUCCUGGAUCGUCGGCGUCGGUGGCGGUCCAAGUGCGGCCACCGUCAUCUUUGAGCCGAGCACAUUGAAGACGAUCAAGGGCCAUCGGCUCAGGUACCCCAAGCACGAACCCGUCCUGAUCUCCCACGGCGGCGAGGUGUACGCCAUCUCACGCCGCCCCCGGGUGGUGCCCCGCAUCGACAACGAGCCAUGGUUCGAAUCCCUCAGCUUCAACGAGGGUGUCCCCUCCGGGGACCGCGGCGUUUUGCCCUGGACUAUGCUGCCACCACCACCCUUCUUCCCUGCCAGGUUGAACCCUCAUCAGUUUCGCAAUCCACCCGAAAUUACAGUCACAUCCUAUGCGGCCAUGGACUCCUACGUCUUGCUUUCCCCGCAGCAAGAACUGACGGUGGGCGCUUACGCCUUCCAUGUGGUGAACAAAACAUGGGAGAAGGUCCACAACAAGAACCUGCCUUUCGUUGGCCAGGCAGUGCCCCUUGGUGGUGGUGCCGGUGACCUCUUCGCCGCCUGCCCCGUAUCCAAGAACGGCGUCGCCGCCUCUGCCUCCGUGUUCCGCAUGUCCAUCGACCUCUCCUCCUCCAGCACUCCCUCGCUGUCGAUCCAAGAGUUCCCGGUGGCAACAUCAGAGGACAAGAUUCCAUGGCCACUUUUCUGCCCUCUGGGAGAGGGCAGCUUCUGUUCCAUCAGAUUAGGAUCUGUCCGUCCAAGCCGUCGCAAAGCCAACUGCCUGAAGAAGGUUCAGGUUAUCUUGACCACCUUUCAGAUGGAGAACUUUGAGGCUAUCUUUAUGGCCCGCCAGUCCCAGGGUGUGAAGGCUAAGGAUCUGCCAGAUGCAGCACGAGUGCAGGAACAGGGUCAUACUUGCAAAUUUAAGGGCCGAAAACGUUUGUUGGAAUGUGACAUGCCUCUGGUUGCUGCCCUGUCCAUGAUCACGGAAAAUAUUGAGCUGUUUGAGGAAGACGCGACCUGUACAAUAGCAAGUCGUCCUACUGAAAGCUCCAUCUUCGAAGCACCAGUAAUUUAUGGCUAAGCAGUUGUAUCUUUCCCACCUCAGGAUGAGGCCAUCUCUGUGUGCUAUCUGUGAAUCGAGUUUCAGUUUAUAUGAAUGUUACUAUUUAGUGUUA